CACAGAUGUUUCAGUAUGAUCGCAGGAGCGCAGCAACUUUCCUGACCAGGAUUUACUUUUACACCGGUGUCUCUCAGGGAGAGAGGGAUCACAGCCUUGUAGAAGGAGUCUGACUCUUACAGAAGAAGAAAAAGACAGACAGAAAGAAAAGGAGAAGAUGCCUGUAGCUAUUUUGAUGCCUUUCACGGCGACCCCGAGUAGGAAGUCCGUUAACGCGACGUCGUUCAGACUGACGGAGAAAUUCAUCCUGCUCUUAGUUUUCAGCGCCUUCAUCACCUUCUGCUUCGGAGCUAUUUUCUUCUUACCGGAUUCAUCCAAGCUGUUUUUCUUCCGCUCGGACCCGGCGGUGGACGGCGACACCCGGACAGGUACAGAAGGAGACCUCGGUGGCACAAACAAGGACGAUAAAAUCUUAGCCAAGAUUAGAAGAGACCACGAACAGGCUUUGGUCGAAGCCAAAGACAGGCUGCAGAAGCGUCCGGAUGAAAUCAAGCAGGACAUUCGGAUGGAGAAGGACCAAGUAGAGAAGAACCGAGCUGGUGAGAACGACGACGGCUCGCCGCCUGUGUUCGAGUACGCGCAGCCUCCUGGGGCGACGGGGCGAGAGCCCUCCGACCCGGAAACGAGGGAAAAACGAGCAAAAAUUAAAGAGAUGAUGCAGUUUGCGUGGAAUAAUUACAAGCGCUAUGCCUGGGGCUCCAACGAGCUGCGUCCUGUCUCCAAGCAAGGCCACUCUAGUAAUCUGUUUGGAAGUCUGAGAGGCGCAACCAUCGUGGAUGCCCUGGACACGCUGUACAUCAUGGAGAUGUAUGAUGAGUUCGAAGCCGCCACCGAGUGGGUGGAGAAAAAUCUGGACUUUAACAUGAACACCGAGAUCUCCGUCUUUGAAGUGAACAUCCGUUUCGUCGGAGGACUUCUCUCUGCUUAUUAUCUCUCAGGAAAAGAGGUGUUCAGGAGAAAAGCCAUCGAGCUUGGAGAGAAAUUACUGCCUGCCUUCAAGACACCCACAGGAAUCCCUUGGGCUCUUCUUAACCUAAAAAGUGGCAUAGGCAGGAACUGGCCGUGGGCGUCAGGAGGCAGCAGCAUUUUAGCCGAGUAUGGCACGCUGCAUUUGGAGUUUGUCCAUCUGAGCCAGCUGUCCGGGAAACCUGAGUUUGCAGAGAAGGUCAUGAACAUCAGGAAGGUUCUGAAUCGGCUGGCAAAGCCACAAGGACUUUACCCCAAUUACUUGAACCCCAACAGUGGGCAGUGGGGACAACAUCAUGUGUCUGUGGGAGGUCUGGGUGAUAGUUUUUACGAGUACCUGCUCAAAGCCUGGAUCAUGUCUGACAAGCAAGACGAAGAAGCCAAGAACCUUUACUACGCUGCUCUGAAGGCCAUCGAGACGGGUUUGAUCCGGAGGUCGAGCAGCGGUCUCACCUACAUCGCGGAAUGGAAAGGAGGCCUCCUCGAGCAUAAAAUGGGUCACCUAACCUGCUUCGCUGGAGGGAUGAUCGCUCUCGGGGCAGACGGAGCUCCUGAGGACCAGACAGGCCACCAGAUGGAGCUGGCAGCCGAGAUCGCACGCACGUGCCAUGAGUCAUACGCCAGAACCAACCUGAAGCUGGGGCCUGAGGCGUUCAGGUUUGAUGGUGGCGUGGAAGCCAUCGCCACACGACAGAAUGAGAAAUACUUCAUCCUGAGGCCAGAAGUCAUAGAAACCUACAUGUACAUGUGGAGGUUCACUCACGACCCCAAAUACAGACAGUGGGGCUGGGAGGCUGUCAAGGCUCUGGAGCAACACUGUAAGGUGGAAGGAGGCUACAGUGGAGUGAGGGACGUUUACAGCAACACUCCCAACCACGAUGACGUCCAGCAGAGCUUUUACAUGGCUGAGACGCUAAAGUAUCUGUACAUGCUUUUCUCUGAUGACGACCACCUGCCGUUCGAGCACUGGGUCUUUAACACCGAAGCUCACCCGCUGCCCAUCAUAAAGCGACAGAGAGAGAACUUGGACAGGAUCAACCAGCUGUAGCAGCGCUCACGUCUCCCCACCGGACCCUGCAGGGAUGCCUCUGGCUGUGAGCAGUGCUCGGACCUCUAGCCCCAAUUUCUCCAGGAAAAGCAGGCAGCGCAGUUGAUCUGGGACCUUCUAGAACACGCCAAUUCCCCCUCAACCCCUCCACCCAAACAUAUUCUGCAGGUCUCCCAGGGGCUAAGCUUCUUUUCCACUAAUCAUUUAAUGAUAGCAGUGUGCAUGCUGCCCUUCUCCUUCUCUGUCUCCUGAACCCAUACAACCAAAACCCCCACCUGUCUUUCUCUCUCACCUUGAUUUCAAUUCUCUUCCUGAGCCUCUGAGGUCCGAACGACCUUCUCUCCUCUGUGAGGAGACAGGACCGUCUCCGAGAAUGACGAUCACGUAUUUCUCACCCUCAUACAUGUCACAGAAAAACUAAGCCAUAUUUCAGCUGCGUGAGUUUGUUCGAUUCCAAUCAUUCUGUAGAGUUUCUAGAAAAUGUUUGGG